UGUACAUAACCUCAAUUUGUACUAAUUUAAAAAAUUAAAAUGUUUAAUUUUGAAAGAUAUCCUUUUAGUAAUGAAGUAAAGGAAGAUCUAGCCGAUUUUUUAAAGGUAGCCCGUAAAAAUUCCGAAACCCCACAGCAUAAAGUGUGGGAAAAUGUUCUACCACAGAAUAAAGAAUUAAUUAAUAAACUGGAUACAAUAAUUAUCGAGAAUAAAUCUACUAUAGAUUUAACUGAUGAUAGUAUUUCGAAAAAUAUAAAUGAUAAAGAUACAAGUAACAUCUCAAAUGAUAGUGCGGAUGAUGUCUUAAUAAUUGAUGAUUUCAAUCAGAAAUUAAGAAUAGAUGCAAUUAAAGAUAUAGCUGUCCCUUUAAUAGAAUUAACAUCCAUUGAAGAAUUUGAUGAAGCACUAAACCAAAUCUCAUCAAGUUACAACAAUAAUGAUAUUGAACAAAUUUUUUUAACACUCUCAGAUAUGGUAAAUGCAGAUCAAACAUUUAUUAUUGGAGAUUCUAUAUUGAAUGCGAGUUAUGACAAAAAGUUGGAAAUAACCCAAUUUUAUUUAAGACAUUUAUUAUUACCUAAACUAUUCAUUGAUAACAAUAAACAAUUAUUAUUAAUGCUCAAAAAAUACUUUGAGUCAUCAAAUUUGAGUUUAACUUGCGAUGAAUUUUCCCAAUCUCUUAAUAAAUAUAAAAAUUAUCCUCUUGGUUUAAUAUGUACAUUACAAGAUUUAAAAUUACAAAAUAAAAAGCAAUUAUUAAGGACAUUUAUUUUGAACACUUCAACAUUGCAUCAAAAUCAUUUUUUAAUAAUUGAAGCUUUAUUACACAAUGAUAUUCAAAUUGAAACUCUUAAAAGAAUGAUGCAUUUAUUUAGUAGUAUAUCAUCAACGUUUCCGGACGAUAAGAUUUUUGGAAAGAUGCUGUUAAAUGUUAUUAAACGCUGCAAAAAGAACGUUGUACAUUUUAAAAAGGAGUUUAAUAUUAUUAUUAACAAUCACCAAUCUGUAUGGAAAAAUAGUUUGGAAAAGGAAAUUGAUGAAAAUAUGGAAAAUAAUUCGUUGUUAUCACAAAGUUUAAGAUACUAAAAUAAUAGUUAUUUUGUUUAAAUUAAAUUCGUUUAAUUUAA